GGUAUGGCCAGAUCUGUAAGACUUGCAAAGGCUCGUUGACUUGCUGAAACACGUUAGGUAACCAGGCUUUGCGACUUGCAACUUUGCAAGGCUAAGAAGAGCCGUGGCUCCUCUCAUCCUCCAUCGAUACGGCCCAGAGUAAUGAGCUCAAGACCCAACAGGACCCCUGCAACUGCAAUGAUCAGAAAGGAAAGCUAACACCCAUGGCGGUAGUCUUGGAUGUCUUGGCAUCCUAUGUCCAAAACAUGCUGACAGAGAUGGUGAAAGAGGAGGUGCACAUGCUGCUAGGGGUCUCUGGCGACAUCGAUAAGAUGUGCACCAAGCUCGGAGACCUCAAGAACUCCCUCGCAGAUGCCGAUCGGCGGAACAUCACUGAUCAGAGUGUCCAGGCAUGGGUGAGAGAGCUUAAGGGCGCCAUGUAUGAGGCCAGUGACAUCCUUGACCUAUGCCACCUAAAGUCCAUGGAGAGGCAACCAGGUAUGGAUGUGGUGUGCUUCAACCCCUUGCUCUUUUGCAUGCGGAAUCCCAUCCAUGCCCAUGAAAUCAGCAGCCGGAUCAAGAACCUUAACAUAAGGUUAGAUUGUAUCAAGAAUCGUGGCACUGCCUUUGACUUCAUCAACCUUGGUUUGUAUGAGGACCGCAACCGAAUGCUGGCAUCCUCUAAUCUUUUCAAACAGGAGACAUCAGGGGAGCUUGAUGGAUCAUGUGUGGUCGGUGAAAAGAUCGAGGUGGACACAAGGAAUCUAGUGCGGAUGAUGACAAUGGGUGAGGAAACUAGCUAUGGAGACAAAAUUUUCAUUUUUGCUAUUGUGGGAGUUGGUGGGAUCGGUAAAACCACUCUUGCCCAGAACAUCUUCAACAACAACAUCAUACAACAAGAGUUUUCAAAGAAAAUAUGGUUGAGCGUUAACCAACAAUUUGAUAAGAUUGAGCUGUUACAGAGAACCAUCACUGAAGCCGGAGGUGAUCACCAAGCAGCUAGAAAUACAAAUACAAAGGGUGCACUUGAGCGAAUCCUUAAGGAAGUCUUGAAUGGGCAUAAGACCUUAUUAGUGAUGGAUGAUGUUUGGAACUAUGAAGCAUGGGAGUGUGUGCUCAAAACUCCCUUGGUCAACGUCCUUGCUCAUGGUAGCCGUGUACUUGUCACCACGAGGGAUAUCAGGGUCGCCCGAGGGAUGAUGGCAGAGGAACCAUACCACCAUGUCAAAAGGUUGGAGCCAGAAGUUGCCUGGUCCUUGCUCAAGAACCAGGUAGUUGGGAAUAAAACCCAUGAGCCUCAGAUAGAUUCGCUAAAGGAUAUUGGAAUGGGUAUUAUAGAAAAAUGUGAUGGUUUACCACUUGCUGUCAAAGUAAUGGGAGGCCUCUUACGCCAAAAAAAUACAAGGCGAAGCAGCUGGGAUAAUGUUCUGAAUGAUUCUAUAUGGUCAGUCUCUCAAAUGCCUGGAGAAUUAAAUUAUUCAAUAUACCUCAGCUACCAAGAUUUGCAUCCUAGUUUGAAGUCUUGCUUUCUACACUACUCCCUCCUCCCCAAGAGCACACGGUUCUACGUUGACGAAAUUGUUGGUAUGUGGAUUAGUGAAGGAUUUGUUCAUGGAAACUCCCAUGACUUAGAAGAACUAGGAAGACAAUACUAUGAAGAGCUACUAUUGAGGAAUCUUAUAGAGCCGAAUGAAAAGUACAUCGAGCAACAUGUUUGCAAUAUGCAUGAUGUUGUUCGCUCAUUUGGCCAAUAUGUGGCUAGAAAUGAAGCACUAGUAGCUCACAAAAUCGGAAGCGAUAUUUUUGGUAAACUUAAUUCACAAAAGUUUAUUUGGUUAUCACUAGAAACCACAGGAUCAGAAUUAGAGGAGUUAGAAUGGAGUUCUCUACAAGUACAGAUAUCAUCAGUGAGAACACUGAUAUCAGUUGGGCAUAUAAACUUCAAGCCUAGUGAUUCAUUGCUUUUUUCACGUCUACGGAUCCUGCAUAUACAAUCUGCAAAAUUUAACGCAAUGGCUGAAACUUUCUUUAAACUUAAACACUUGAGGUACUUGUCCAUAAAACAAACAAACAUAUCUAGACUGCCAGAAAGCAUUGGCAAGAUGAAAUUCUUGCAGUAUAUUAGCCUUUUUGGUUGUGAAAGCUUGUUGAAGCUUCCUGAUAGCAUUGGAAAACUGCGACAGUUAAGGGUUCUUAACCUUUGUGGCACAAGUAUAAACCAGAUACCCAGAGGUUUUGGCUUACUAAUUAAUUUGAGGAGAUUAUAUGGGUUUGCAGCCCAGAUGGAUGGUGACUGGUGCAGUUUGGAAGAAUUAGGGCCUCUCACCCAGAUUACUGAGCUUCAUAUAAGGGGUCUGGAGAAUAUACCGUCUGCCUCAUUUGCUUCAAAGGCCAAGUUUAGUGAAAAGAUGCGCCUACACUAUCUACGCUUAGGUUGCACUAGUAGCCAUGGGCAUGACGACGGGUUGGUAAAAAAUGAAGAAGGAAAAUUUGAGGAAGAGCAACGACUAAUAGAGGAGGUGUUUGAUGAGCUCCGCCCUCCUCCUUGCCUAGAGAAUCUUCUAAUUGUAAGGUACUUUGGUCGGAGGCUACCAAAAUGGAUUAUGGCAACAAAAGACUUGAGAAUUCUAGCGAUGAUAGACUUGCCUUGUUGCACAGAGCUCCCAGAUGGCCUAUGUCAGCUUCCAUGCUUGGAAUUCCUACAGAUUGAUGCCGCCCCGUUAAUCAAGCAUGUUGGGCCAAAAUUCUUACAUCCAUACCAUCACAAGCACCUAAGCCAUCUAGAGAACUUAGGUUCUAUUGUUGAACUUGAGGUGUUACAAAUAUCUGAGCUGGAGAGAAUCUGUAACCUCCCAAAACUGCAGAGGCUUUGCAUCUCCAUGUGCCCAAAGAUGAAGGAAUUGGAGGGUCUGCCUGCACUAGAGACACUAAAGCUGGAGGAUUACGACAUGAAAACGCUCCCUGGGUACUUGAAGGAUAUAAACCUAAGGCAUUUGCAGAUACACUGUGACAUACCACUGCUCGCUUCCAUAGCCAAAGGGAAUUCUAGCCCUGAGUGGGAUAAGUUCAAUCACAUCCAGCAAUUCAAAGCAUACACAAACGAUGACAACGACCGCGUUCCAAGUAAAUGGUACGCGUCAUACACAAGAGAUCCUUUCAGUUUUGAGACAAACUAUAUCAGUCCUCCUACCUUGGUCUCAGGGGAUGGAGAGGAGCAGGGAAGUGCAUCAAGUGCAUCGCGAAAAGUAAGGAAGCCACUGCCGGCCAGCCGCUGCCUUCGUCGCUUCCCCAGUGAACCAGACAAAUGAAACCGCCGUUUACGCUCGUCCUCAGAUAAACUUUGUUUAAUUUGGACCUUUGCUUGGGUGAAGUGAUUAUGGACUGUCUAUUUAGGAAGAUUUAGAUGAAUAUUACCAUAAAUUACCUCAUAAGAGGUAAAAUGAGAAAUAGAUAUUUAAAUAAUUUUUAAAUUUUGCAAAAUAGGAAAAAUAGGUGGAAAAUCUUACAAAUUGAUCUAACUACAAAUUCUAUGGAUUUCCUUGCAAGAUUAUAAAGAUCCAAUGAGUGCAAUGAAAAAUAUUAUGGUAGAAAUAAAAAAGUUAAAAAAAUAUAAUUACUGUUUCUUGUAGCUAGCAGCAGGGGCAUUCUGCGAGUAAUUACUAAACCGUGUGAUCAUUCGAGGCAAAUUCAGUAACUGUGAAUAAGAUUUCUUUUUCA